UUGGUCCUCCUAACUAUAACAAUUCCAAGAAAAUAUAAAAACGACAGCUAAUUAAAACGACGCAGCAACAAUGAAACCUUUGAAUAUUGCUGCAUGCAUACAACACCAGUCCUUUUUAUUAAGUUUACAAAAUUUCUACAAUAAUUGGAUAAGGUUGCUGCGUGCGUGCGUGCGUGCUUAGUAUUAAUAAUCAGAUUCAAACCCCUUGAUUUUGCUGCCAUUCAUACUUUGCUUGUGUUUUUAUUUUUUCUAAAGUUUCUACCUAAAGUAUAUAUGGGAAACUGUAGAUCCUGCGAUGGGUCUAGAUCCACUACUGCUGUCACGGCCAAGCUAGUUCUCCUGGACGGACGGCUUCAAGAAUUUUCGUGGCCCGUUAAGGUUUCACUUGCGCUGCAGCAGAAUCCGGAUUGCUUCAUAUGCAGCUCCGACGACAUGGAAUUCGACCAAUUCGUGGGAGAGAUGGGCGGAGAUGAGGUGCUGCAGCCGGGGGAGGUCUACUUUGAGCUGCCGCUGCGGUGGAGGAACCAGCGGCUGCAGGCGGAGGAUAUGGCUGCGUUGGCUGUUAAAGCGAGUGUAGCCCUUUCUGGUGGUAGUCGUAGUAGGAAUAAGGAUGGGAUGAGGAGGUGCGGUUGUUGUGCGUUGAGAAAGAUUGAGCCUGUGGUGAUGGUGUUUGGUGAUCAGAAGGAGACGGCGGCGGCGGAUGAUGGCGGAGCUGGUGGUAAUUGCAAGUUUGGUGGUGGCAAAUUAAGUGCGAUAAGUGAAGAGUGAAAAAGGAAAGUGGAAAUUCUUAGAGUAAGUAUAGUGCAAGUCUUGUAUUAAUAUAUAAAAUAAUACUAUAUCUUAUACUCUUCAUGUUAGAAAUUAAUUAGUAAUUAGAAUUUGAUAUUAUGAUAGAAUUAAGGUAGAAUCAGUGGAAAUGUGUACAAUUUUGUAUAGCGCAAAUCAUCAGUGAAUUGUUCUUUAUAUAUAUAUAUUUUCAGUUUAUA